UGUCUCUAUUUCUAUUUCUGCCAUAAUGAACCACACAAUUGAUAGACAUGAUUGCUCGCACUCUCCGUUCAGUCGUACCCCGUUCUCAGCAACGAGUCUCGCAGUCGAUCCGGGAGACGAUCCGAUGGAGAUACGGCUGUAACCAGCGGUGGUAUACACCGAGUCCCUUCUGGCAGGGCGUUAAGGAACACCCGGUUGAGGGAGCUGGCAAGGACUCGAUCAAGGGGAAACUCCUCACCACGCCCUCCCGACUGUUCAAGCUGAUCGUUCCGAUAUCCUCCCUACACAAACAGAACAAUGAACCGAUCGCACUACUAGUCCACCCGCAGCAACCACUGUCGUAUCUUGAACGCCUGGUCCAGGCCGAAGUCCCCCCGAUCAAAGAGGAUGGCCAGCAGCGUCCGCCGGGGGUCUCAUUUCUCGCUCUGCAGAUGGAGAACGAUGCCAUCCGGCCGAGGAAAUACGAAAACAGCUCCAAAGACAAAUAUACACAUAAAGAGCAGCAGCGGCAGCAGCAGCAGCAGCAGAAGCAAAAAGAGGAGGCAGAAUUGGUUCGGUGGUCGCCCGCGACCGAGAUCGGCGACUUCAUCCGCGACGCAGCCCGGGCGCGCGAGUUCCUCCUACAGAUCGAAGGCGACGGGCGGGUAUGCGUGGAGGUCCCGUCGUUCAGCGAGCGGACAUACUUCCUCCGGAUGCGACUCCGCAAGUUAUCGCGGCGGCUGCAGGCCCUGGCGACGACGAAACACGAGUGCGACGUGCUGGCGCACCGGGGCGCGCAGCGCGUGGCUCUCGGCGGGUUCGGCAUUCUCGCCUCCUGGUGGUACCUGGUGUACCGGUUGACUUUUGAGACCGAGCUAGGCUGGGAUACCAUGGAGCCGGUGACCUACCUGGUCAGCCUGUCGACGCUGAUGGGCGGAUACCUGUGGUUUCUGUAUCAUAACCGGGAGAUCUCGUACCGGUCCGCGCUGGAUCUGACGAUCAGCACGCGCCAGAAACGACUGUACGCGAUGCGCGGAGUGGAUCUGACGCUGUGGGCCUCGCUGAUCGACGAGGGCAAUGCCUUGCGCCGAGAGAUCAAGACCAUCGCGGGAGAUUACGAUGUUGAAUGGGAUGAGAGGCAAGACGAGCAGGAUGAGCGAGUGAUCGAGGCGUUGAAAGAGGGCGAGAAGAAGGAGAAGAAGGAUGCAAAGGAGAGCGAAGAACAAGAUUCAUAGAUCUAUCUAUCUAUCUAUCUAUACAUUUCUAACAGGAUCAUAGUAUGUUUUUCGUUCGCCUAGAAUCGUUAAUAUAAACGUUUACA